CAAAAAUCAAACCCCCUCAAUGCAAAAAUUAACCGUGGUUUAGCCCAAAACGCACACUUCUCAUUCAACGCAAAAAAAUCAAUUUGACCUGAAGCUCUACGGAACCAUCAACACAUUCGACAACCGACACUUUUCGAGAGCGCCACCCUACAACCGCUGUCAAAAUGGUCAACAUUCCCAAGACCCGUAAGACCUACUGCAAGGGCAAGGACUGCCGCAAGCACACACAACACAAGGUCACUCAGUACAAGGCUGGCAAGGCCUCUCUAUUCGCGCAAGGAAAGAGACGUUACGACCGAAAGCAAUCUGGUUACGGUGGUCAGACCAAGCCUGUGUUCCACAAGAAGGCUAAGACGACGAAGAAGGUUGUGUUGCGAUUAGAAUGUGUUGCCUGCAAGACUAAGCUACAAUUGGCGCUGAAGCGAUGCAAGCACUUCGAGCUUGGUGGUGACAAGAAGACCAAGGGUGCCGCGUUGGUGUUCUAAACGCACAUUUUCUACAUACUCAAGUCAUUGCACACGUUCGUCAUCAUUCAUGGAAAUAGGGUGGUUCAUUAUGGCCGGGCAUACUACACUGGCGACGGGAGUCUUGAUCCUCGGUUAGGGAGCAGCAUAUAGGUCAAUAGAACCAAAUCUGCUCUUCUGCAUUUGCAUUUCUGCCCCUAUGUGAUACGUGCUAGGAGUCGGAAAAAUAACGAGGGGGAUAUUCGGUGGCUUCAUUGCCUUGAGCAAUAGGGUUACUAGCUGGAAGGCGUCGUUACGAUACGAAAUCCCGACUCACAUGAUAAUGCCCAAUACCCGAUCUUGGAACAGUCAAUUGAUUUCAUUUUCCGUGGAUAUUGAUUCCGCUUUUCUAGGUGGUCUUUUAUUUGUUCGUGACAUUGUUCUUGCUAGAAUUAUACGGGCCUUGAUUACCUACCGUGGCUCCGCCCUCUCCCACGAAAUAUACGUUGCUAAGCUGGCUCUAUCUAGACUCGAACGGCUUUGCUUGGCGGGAAACGUUGUAUAACGA